AUAGUUCAUUUUUGGUAGUUCUAAGGAAAAAGCUUCUUUUCCAGAAAAAAUUUAAAUAUUAUAAAAACUUUUUUUUUUACUUCCUGAAAUUUUUUCCCAAUGAGUGGUUAGAACUUAGAAUUUGCUGUGCCGUUUCCGUGUUCGCCGUCUGCCACACUGUGCCUGCUUAAAGAUCGGACGGGAAGUGUGCGGUACUACAUAUAUCAGAAAUGGAAUUUGAAAACUCUGUAGGAGAUCCAUAUUUCGAAGCGGAAGGAAAACCGAAGGAAAACAGAAGUGCAGAGGGCAACCAAUCUGGUGCAGAUGCACCUGUGGUGAUGAAUGGCUUCACCAACGGCUACCCGGAGAAACACAUAAAGAAGGAUAAAUCUGAGUCGAGAGACAAGCACAAGGACCGCGAUAAGGACAAGGAUAAGCACAAGGAACAUAAGGACAAAGAGCGGCACAAGGAAAACAAGGACAAAGACAGGCACAGCUCCAGUGGGAAGGACAAAGAUAGACACAGCAGCAGUAAAGACAAGGAUAGGAAACACAGAGAUGAAAAAAAAGACAAAGAUGACAAGAAGAACAGAGAUGAAAAAAAAGAUAAGGACAAGGAGGAAAAGAAGGAGAAAGAUAGAGAGCACAAGAGUAGUUCGUCCAGCAAGGAUAAAGAGCACAAAAGUUCUAGUUCCAGCAGUAAAGAUAAAGACAAGCAUAGCAGCAGCUCAAGCAGAGAUAAAGACAAGGACAAGCAGCACAGCAGUUCAAGCAAGGACAAGGAGAGGCAUAGUUCCUCUUCGAAGGACAAGCAUAGCAGCAGCUCAAGCAAGGAUAAGCACAGCAGCAGCAGCAGCUCGGACAAGGACAAGCACAGGGACAAGCACCGAGACAAGGAUAAGCACAGAGACAAGGAGAAAUCCAAGUCCAAGGAGGGAAUCAGUAGUAAAGAUAAGAAAGUGGAGGUGGUGGCGAGUCAAGAGGCGACACAGCCUGAAGAGGAUGUGUCCAUGAAGUUAGAUGUCGACGAAGAAGAUUCUCAGAGACUGGUAAUCAAGGAAGAGCCCAUGGACAUAGAAGAUGUCAGCUUCUACAACAUUUCUGCAUUUAGUCGCCCCAGUAUAGAUGCUGGGAGCUUAAGGAAAGAAGAGGAUGUGCACAUAAAGAGAGAAAAUCCACACAUGAAGAGUGAAGAAGACACAGAGGAUGACACUCCACUGGCACAGCGCAAAAUAAAAUCUGAAGAAUCGGAUGAAGAUAUACCAUUGCUUCAGAGACAAAAGAAGAAAGGGUCAAAAAAGCGAAAAGCAGAAAGUGAUGAUGAUUUUGUGGAGGAAAAGAAGAAGAAAAAGAUAAAAGUAAAAUCUGAGAAAGAUUUGAAAAUUAAGACACAGAAGGGUGUAAAAGUGGAGAAUGACACACAAGGCAGUCCAAGGAAGAAGAAAAAAGAGGAAGAAACACAGGAUGUGUGGAAAUGGUGGGAAGAAGAGAAGAAAGACGAUGGAAACAAAUGGCACUUCUUGGAACACAAAGGUCCAGUAUUCGCUCCUCCAUAUGAGAGAUUACCAGAGGAUGUCAAGUUCCUCUAUGAUGGUAAGGAGAUUCGCCUGUCGGAGGGUGCGGAGGAAGUUGCUACCUUCUAUGCUCGAAUGUUGGACCAUGACUAUACGACAAAAGAAGCAUUUAACAAGAACUUCUUCAAAGAUUGGCGCAAGAUGAUGUCUGAGAAGGAGAGAGAACUCAUCAAAGACUUAUCAAAAUGCAACUUUAAACACAUGCAUGCAUAUUUUGUGCAGAAGUCUGAAGAGCGCAAGGCCAUGAGUAAAGAAGAGAAGAAGAAAAUCAAGGAACAGAACGAGGAACUGAUCAAGGAGUACGGGUUCUGCACCAUUGACGGGCACAAGGAGCGCAUAGGUAACUUCAAGAUAGAGCCGCCGGGGCUGUUCCGCGGGCGCGGGGAGCACCCCAAGAUGGGCAUGCUGAAGCGACGCGUGGUGCCCGAGGACAUCAUCAUCAACUGCAGCAAGGACUCGGUGGUGCCGAAGGCUCCGCCCGGCCGCCGCUGGAAGGAGGUGCGCAACGACAAGUCGGUGACGUGGCUGGCCAGCUGGACGGAGAAUGUGCAGGGCCAGGUCAAGUACAUCAUGCUGAACCCCUCCUCCAAGCUGAAGGGCGAGAAGGACUGGCAGAAGUACGAGACGGCCCGCAAGUUGGCCAAAUGCAUCAACAAGAUCCGACAGGAGUACCGUGAGGACUGGAAGUCCAAGGAGAUGCGUAUCCGCCAGCGUGCUGUCGCGCUCUACUUCAUUGACAAGUUGGCACUGAGAGCUGGUAAUGAGAAAGACGAGGACCAGGCAGACACUGUUGGUUGUUGUUCGUUGCGAGUUGAACACAUAUCAUUGCAUGAUCAGAAGGAUGGCAAAGAAAAUGUUGUGGUUUUUGACUUCUUGGGAAAAGACUCUAUCCGAUAUUAUAAUGAAGUGUCUGUGGAAAAACGUGUCUUCAAGAAUGUUCAGCUGUUCAUGGAAAACAAAUCAAGUGGUGAUGAUUUGUUUGACAGACUUAAUACAUCCGUCUUGAACAAACAUUUAAACGAACUUAUGGAGGGCCUUACUGCCAAAGUGUUCCGAACAUACAACGCUUCAAUAACUCUGCAAGAUCAACUCAACAAACUAACAGAUCCUGAUUUCACAGUUCAGGAGAAGAUACUUGCCUACAAUCGUGCGAACCGUGCUGUUGCCAUUCUCUGCAACCAUCAGCGUGCCGUUCCGAAGACCCAUGCCAAGUCAAUGGAGAACUUGAAGGCAAAGAUUGAAGCGAAGAAAGAGCAGCUUGAGGAAGCUGAGAAGCAGUACAAGCAGGCCAAGCGAGACAGCAAGCACUAUGACUCAGCUAAAAACAGAAUAGACCUGGAAAAGCGUAAGAAGCAGUUGGACCGCAUCCGAGAACAGUUAGCAAAGCUGGAACUUCAAGCCACUGACAAAGAAGAAAAUAAAGAGAUAGCUCUUGGAACAUCCAAGUUGAACUACUUAGAUCCCCGCAUCUCUGUAGCGUGGUGCAAGAAACAUGGAGUCCCGAUUGAAAAGAUUUAUAACAAGACACAGCGUGACAAAUUUCGUUGGGCCAUCGACAUGGCAGGUCCAGACUACGUGUUUUAACGACAGUUACGCUAGCCCUGAUCACCACUCUUUGCUCUAAUGCUGCAGAGUAUUUAGUUAUUUCUGGGUGCCUUACGGUACCCAGACAAAAGUUUUGGUUGAUCUGUAUUAUCAUUCUGUUUCAAAUAAAUUAUUUUUCUCGUUAUUAUUUCAAAGGAUUUAGGGCGACAUGUGCGUGUGAAACCGUGUGUGAUCGUGUUUAAUGAGUGUCAGAUAUAAUUUGGCAAGAAAGUAUACUGAGAAGUGUACAUUUUGGUGUAGUAGUAAUGUGUGUUAUCGUAGACUAUUUCGACGUUUUGACAGCAAACUUUUAAUAACAGUUUUAAUUCAGAACGAAUUAUGUGUGAUGUGAGACAUAGUCAAUCUGAUUUUGCAGAUGUUGCAAAGUGUUUAUCGUGAUGUCAAGUAGCUGGGUAAUCAUUUUAGUGGUGAAUUUGAUUCAUUACAUAAGUAUUUGGCAGUAAAGUUUUGUAAAUAAGACAAUUUGUGAUGAUAAAAUUUGCUUUUAAUGUUACAAAUUCAUAUGAAUUUAUUUUAUAAAUUAUCAUCUCCAACUAUUUUGCCUAUGUCUUUAUCUCCAACUUUUAACUCUGUUUUAAGUUGGAGAUGUGGUUUACAUUAGUUUCAUGUUUAUGGUUGUUGUAUAGUUCCAUAUUGCUUUUGAAUUUUAGAACUGAUGUAGCUGUGAUCAAUCUAUUUAAUAGUUUAUUGAAUUUAUAAGAAAUUAUGACUUCAGAUUAUUAUUACUAUUUUUUUGUUUAGCAUAAUUUGUCCUAUUUUGUACUCAGUAAGUACAAUAGAAUGUUAAAAAUAUUUGUAGAACUGUGCAGUCUUUGCAUGUCAACUUUUCUUGUUCUUUGUUUGUAUAAUUGUGAUUUAGAGAUUGCGUGAUUGCCAUUGGGGUAUCCACGUCAGGAUUGUGUUCUUUCAUAUUCAUUGUUGUUCAUAAUGAAGUCAGUUCACUAUAGUGCUAGUUUUUUUACAUAUAUCAUUUCUAUAAAUUCAUCAAUCUUUAAAUUAUUAGAUUUUUUUUGUGUAUCACUUGCAUCUAACUGUUCAAAGAACUUGAAACAGUGCCAAGUUUUAAUGUCAGCCAAUAUAUAUGCUUGUUUCUAGAAGUAUUGUAUUUUUAUGAAUUGUGCAAAAUUGGAAUUAUUCUCCAUGCAUCGACUUUUGAAAAGUAAUAAGUUUUUGAAUUCAUGUAUUGCUAUUCAUUUCUGAUGUUUUGAUUUAAUUUUAGUUUUACAUCUAAAAUACUAGAAUUCACAUUGUACAAUUAUGAGAUACAUAUUUAAAUAUUUUGGUGCAAAAUACGAACUACUCAAUUCACAUUGUUUAUUAUUUAUUCAAUUUCAAUUCCAUUUCUUGUACAGUUAAUAAACAUGAUUUUUUAUGGUACAUUUUAA